AUGGAUCAGCUAGCGACGCAGCCGCCCACAACGACCGUCUACGAACUCGGCUUCCCCGCCGAGCACGUCCUCCAAGUCACCAUUGCGCGCGAGUCGCACAUGAACGCGAUUCCCAUGGCCGGCCACUGGGAAGCGGACAGGCUCUGGCAGUGGUUCGACGACGAGCCCUCGCUUCGCGUGGCCGUCGUGACGGGCAAGGGCGGCAGGGCCUUUUGCUGCGGGGCCGACCUCAAGGAACAGGCCCGCCUGAGCCAGUCUCUGCAGAAGCCCGAUGCGCAGGCCUUUCCCGCCGGGGGGUUCAUGGGGCUGUCGACGAGAGCCGGCAAGAAGCCCGUGGUAGCCGCCGUGAACGGGUACGCCCUGGGCGGCGGGUUUGAAGUCGCGCUGAACUGCGACAUGGUGGUGGCCUCCCCAUCCGCAAGCUUUGGCUUGCCGGAAGCCAGGAGGGGCCUCUGGGCCGCAGCAGGGGGUCUCCCGCGGGUGGUGCGGACAUUCGGCAUGCAGAUGGGGUCGGAAAUCGCGCUGGCCGGACGGGUUCUCUCGGCCGAGGAAGCCGGGCGUCUGGGGUUCUGCCGAGUGUCCGCGUCGCACGAGACGGUGGUGAAGGAGGCGGUGGCCCUGGCCAGCGAGGUGGCGGCCAUGUCGCCCGACGCCGUCGUCGUCAGCCGGGCGGGCUUGCGGGAGGCGUGGGAGACGGCCAGCGUUUCGCGAGCGGCGCAGCUUGUCCACGAGCGGUACGCCAAGGGGCUGCUGGGGGGGGAGAAUCUGCGCAUCGGCCUGAUGGCGUUUGUGACCAAGACGAAGCCGGACUUUGGGCCGUCAAAGCUGUGA